CGAUUUCGACGGUCUCCCAUGAAGUGCAUUCGUUGCGUGAGUCGAGCAAACUACGAUAUGUUGCUUGCAACAAUGAAAAACAUGAAACUUCCGGCCACACCGCGAGUAGGUCACCUCUCUCAAACGGUACAUAAAGCGGUGUACAAUGCAGAUGCUCUCUACAGCAAUCCGUCCCGACCAAGCCAGAAAUCCAAGGUGACGGAGAUGAUAUUUUGGAGAGUUGCUCUGUCAGUCGUUUGUAUCGCGUUGGGAUAUGGAGCCAUUGCAAAUAAGAACUUUGAUGUGCACAUCGACAAGCUGGAACGUGUCGGGGAUACGGGCGAGUACUUUACGUACAACUACACCUACGAGAAGGUCUCCGACAUGAAGUUUUCCAUGGGAGCGCACGUACAGCAGCUGAAGGAGCUGGACGACAGCUACACGGUGAAGGCGCUGAUGACCCGUUCCGAACUGGCGGACGGUAGUCAGUACGAGGUAAUGAUGGACCUCGAGAAGACGCUCUGCGACUGGAUGCGUACGAUCUACAAAGCGUACUUUUACGAGGAGUUGGCUCAGGUGAGCAACUUUCCUCACUACGACACGUGUCCCCUUCCGGUGGCCGAAUACGUCGUCGAGAACUAUGUGUUCGAUACCGAACCGUACAGUGAGAUGAUGUCCGAGGGCCGAUGGAAGGUGGAGAUGAUGCUGAUGAAGGAGGGUAAGGUCUGCUCCGGCAUUGUUAUGAUAACCACGGUGAAACCGAAAGCGUAGAGGUAGAUUCCGUGUUCCUUAGUGUGUAAGUGAAUCCUGCAUGUUGUAGUACAUAUGAUGCUGUUUGGUUGUUAUUAAAAGCGAUUGUAGUACAAAGAAAA